GGCUCGCACGCCGGGAUCGCCAGCCACAGAUCGGAUCGCAGUUCACCCAACCCACGGGCUCGCCAAGUCGCCAUACAGAAAAGCUCAGACAGCCGCGCAGUGCGUGCCUCGUUGUGUCCGCCUCGAACCCGACGACGGCGACGGCGGCGGCGGCGGCAGGGGAGAUGGAGGCGGCGGCUGCGGGCGGAGGGGGCGAAAGGUGGUGCGUGGUGACUGGCGGCCGCGGUUUCGCGGCCAGGCACCUGGUGACGAUGCUGCUCCGCUCCGGCGAGUGGCGGGUGCGCGUGGCCGACCUGGCCCCCGCCAUCGCGCUCGACCGCGACGAAGAGGAGGGGUUCCUGGGCGCCGCGCUCCGCGAAGGCCAGGCCGCCUACGUCUCCGCGGACCUCCGCGAUAAGGUCCAGGUCGCCAGAGCUUUUGAAGGGGCAGAAGUAGUUUUCCAUAUGGCUGCUCCAGAUUCAUCCAUCAACAACUUCCACCUUCAUUAUUCAGUCAAUGUCGAGGGAACGAAAAAUGUUAUUGAUGCUUGUAUCAGUUGCAAGGUGAAGAGACUCAUCUACACUAGUUCACCGAGUGUUGUAUUUGAUGGAGUUCAUGGAAUUUUUAAUGCAGAUGAAUCAAUGCCUUACCCAGAUAAGUUUAAUGAUUCAUAUUCAGAAACGAAGGCAGAUGGAGAAAAACUGGUGAUGAGGGCUAAUGGUAGGGAAGGGCUUCUUACUUGCUGUAUACGCCCAAGUAGCAUUUUUGGCCCUGGCGAUAAGCUACUGGUUCCAUCUUUGGUUGCUGCUGCAAGGGCAGGGAAAUCCAAAUACAUUAUUGGUGAUGGGAACAACUACUAUGAUUUCACCUAUGUGGAAAAUGUGGCAUAUGGCCAUGUUUGUGCAGAGAAAACUCUAUCAUCUGAAGAUGGUGCAAAGAUAGCCGCUGGAAAAACCUAUUUUAUAACAAAUAUGGAGCCCAUCAAAUUCUGGGAGUUCAUGUCAUUGAUUUUAGAAGGUCUUGGAUAUGAAAGGCCUUCAAUAAAAAUACCUGUCUCUGUUAUGAUGCCAGUGGCUCAUGUUGUAGAAUGGACUUACAAGAAAUUUGCCAAGUAUGGAAUGAAAGUUCCUCAGCUGACCCCUUCAAGGAUUAGGCUGCUCUCGUGUAACAGGACAUUCAGCUGCUCAAGAGCAAAGGACCAGCUUGGUUAUGAGCCCCUCGUGCCCCUUAAGGAAGGACUGAAGAGAACAGUAGAAUCAUACCCCCAUCUGCGAGCUCAGAAUCAGACAAGCAUAUCAAAGGCCUCAGUUUUCCUUGGGAAUGGAAAUUUAGCAAAAACAUUACUUUGGGAAGAUACGAAGCAAACAGUGACAGUGCUACUACUAUUGGCUGUUAUCUACUACCACUUGUUUACAUGUGGUUACACCUUCAUCACAGCUAUGGCAAAGCUUUUGUCACUGACUGCAUUGUUUUUAUUCAUUCAUGGCAUGCUUCCAGCAAAUGUAUUUGGCCACAAGGUUGAGAAACUUGAGGCCUCAAAUUUUCACAUCACACAGGUGGAGGCCCAUCAUGUAGCUCAUUCCAUCAGCUCGUCAUGGAACUCUUUAGUCGGUGCUCUAAGAUCUCUUUGCAGAGGAAAUGAUUGGCCAUUGUUUUUAAAGGUUGCAUUAUCCCUGCUGGUUGUCAGCAUCCUUAGUUCAAUGUCGUCGCAGGCUGCCUUCAAAAUAGGUACUGCUCUGGUUUUCACUGGCUUCAAAGCAUAUGAGAAAUGGGAGGACACCAUCGACAGCAUGGUCGGCGACGUGUGCUCUAUUCUUCUGCACAUUGGUUCUACUAAGAAAUCUUCCAGCCAGAAACAAAAGUAGAUGUGGAUCUUGCAAACGAUCAGUUGCUUCAUUUAGUGCUAUUAUAUUGCUGUUUCAGCCGUUUCUUGUUUUUGUACGCCUUGAAUUUCUCUGUAUUCUUUUAUUGACGUAACAGAAUUGCCUAGCGGCUGAUAAGGAAGCUUUUAGACCUUUUUCCUUUAGGUAGUUGUCUAGUUGAUGUAUGGUAUGAAACUGUAUGCUUUCUCCCCCUCUGAGAGGUUCUUUUCUCAUAUAUAUUGCUUGACAGAUAAAUUCAUCUUGCAAUAAGGGUCUAUUUCGGCUUCGGGCUUCA